CUUCGCUUCUGACGACGCUGUACCUGCGAGCUUUAGCAAGUUCUACUUUGCAUCUCUACCCGACACUCGACCGAUCAUCAUGCCUGGAGUUCCGCCGGACGCGAUGGAGCAGAUGAAGAAGGCCUUCAAGGGUCUCUUCAAGAAGAAGUCCAAGAAGGAGGAGCCAAAGCCGACUGCGACCACGGAGACGCCAUCGCAGGCAACACCCGCCGCAGAGCCCGCGAAGACUGAGACGGCCCCCGCGCCCGCCCCAGCUACCGCGCCUGCGCCAGCUCCUGCGAAGACUGAGGCCACCCCAGCGGAGAGCAGCAGUGCGCCUGCGCCCGCGCCUGCCGAGCCUGUUCCAGCGCCAGCGCCAGCUCCUGCACAGGGCGAGGCCAACAAGGACGAGGUUGCUGCGCUUGCCGAGGUCAAGAAAGCCACGCAGACUCCCGAACCCGCAGGUGCUGUUGCGCCCGCUCCACCGACCGCUGCUUCAGCCCCCACGACUUCGACCGAGGCACCUGCCGAAGCCGCGACAAAGCCCGUUGAGGCCCCUACGACGACGACUGCAGAAGCCCCCGAGCCUUCCGAGCCCGCUGCGCUAGACAUGCCUGCGAUUCCCGCGUCUCAGCCAGCCGCUGGCAUGAGUGCGACCAGCGGACCGUUGAAUGACGACCCCUUCAGCCCCGAGGCCAAGGAGGAGAAGCCUGUAGCUCCUGCGCCCACCCCUGCUGCUCCCGCCGCAGUCCCCGAGGCCACCCCUGCGGAGAAGUAAUGCGGUAGACUUCAGCUACAACAGGACAGUCGAUGAUGUGCUGCACAUGAUUGUGUCAUUUCCGGUUGGAAGCCAGCUUUGCGUUGUUUUGCUGCAUUCGUGCCUUGUAUUGCACUAAUAAUAUACCCCAUUGCUGUUUGAGUAAGGCGAGCGUCGAGGUGUGGAGCGGUGGGAUGAUGAGAUGGUGAGAUGGUGAGAUGGUGGAAAGUGGUGCAGGCUCGGCGUCUCUAGCAAUCUAUAAAGUUCGUU